AUGGAUCCCACCAAAGCACCCGAUUUCGAACCACCGUCCGAAAAUAAUACACCCAAUCCUCCUUUGGCUCCACAAUCUACAAUUCCGAAAAGUGGACCCAUCAUGCCAUACGUGCUAGCAGACUACAACGCAUCCAUAGACGCUCCAAUCCACCCUAGGACGUAUAAAAAACAUUCGAAAGUGGGUCGUAGAGUGUCUACGGCCCAUCACAGUUCGAUCCCUCUCAAGCAACCCGAGUUGCAGCCUGCAUCGCAUGAGACGUCCGAGGAGGAGGAGUCCGGCCAGUUGGUAGCUGAAGAAGACGACAAUGACAGCAUACAUACCAGAAUCGAUCGUCCAACACCUAGUCCUGCAACCAGUCAGAUGUACAUUCAUGACCCAGAAAUUUCUAACAGUCGAGCGGAUUUGGCUCGCCAAUUCACGCACCAAGUAAACCUCGGUAACAGUUUUCCGGAAGAUGAGGCCGAUCAUCGCAUCGGGUCCCGGAUCCAUAAAUAUCAAAUUGCUGAUCUCGAAGAAGUCCCGCAUGGUGUGGUGCGUCAAGCUACUUCUUUCGACCAGUACAGUUUCCCUGCACAUCGUCUGCAAAAAGAGCUCAGAAAUCCAAACAAACUGCCCUUGAUUGUUGUUGCCUGCGGUUCUUUUUCUCCAAUCACCUAUUUGCAUUUGCGAAUGUUUGAAAUGGCUCUCGAUGCGAUUUCUGAGCAAACCAGAUUCGAAGUGGUGGGUGGAUACUACUCCCCAGUGAGUGAUAACUAUCAGAAACCGGGUCUCGCGCCAGCUCACAACAGAGUUCGCAUGUGUGAACUCGCAUGUGAACGGACGUCUUCGUGGCUUAUGGUAGACGCGUGGGAGUCUCUUCAACCAUACUAUACCAGAACGGCCAAGGUUUUGGAUCACUUUAAUGACGAGAUCAAUGUGAAGCGCGGUGGCAUUGCGACCGCUUCUGGCGUUCGUGUUGGUGUCAAAAUUAUGCUUCUAGCAGGUGGCGAUCUUAUUGAAAGUAUGGGAGAACCAAACGUAUGGGCUGAUUCCGAUUUACACCACAUACUGGGCAAUUAUGGGUGCCUAAUUGUUGAAAGGACUGGAUCAGAUGUGCGUUCAUUUUUGUUGUCGCACGACAUCAUGUAUGAGCACAGAAGAAAUGUCUUGGUCAUCAAGCAACUCAUCUACAAUGACAUUUCGUCAACCAAGGUACGUUUGUUUAUCCGCAGAGGUAUGUCUGUACAAUACUUGCUGCCAAACAGUGUAAUACGUUAUAUCCAAGAGCACGGUCUUUACGUGAACCAGACAGAGCCCGUUAAACAGGUUAUGGGUAACAAGGAGUAA